UUGCAGUGUUUCGGCUCUUUUUCAUUCUGUUCGUUCUUCAGUGUUUCUUCCAAUUCUGUAUUCAUCUAAGACGAAGUUCAUAUUGCACUGCUUUAAUACAUUCCCACGGUGGAGUGUUCUGAUGAAAUUCUUUCCAAACCAGGGUCUGAAAGUUCCAGAUGGAACUGAUACUUGUUUCUUAAGGGUUCAGCAAUUGCAAAGCGGUGCAUUUUGAAAGAAAACAGCGAAUAAUCAAGGUGCUUGCAACAUAAAUAUUGUGAUGUUCUGUCAUCUCAAACUGCCUCAGUCGAUAAAAGGGUUUUCUGGAGAGCUGUGCUAGUCUUGCAGGGACUGGAGCCCUUGCUCAUCUCAAGCCUGUUGUUUUGGGGCUGGAGUUUUCUUUCGUAAGCACAAGGACAUCCAGGCACCUUGCUCCCCAUGUGAAUGUCUUGAGACAUCUUAUCCUCCAUGUGUGACCAAACCUCAACCAUACACCUGCUCACGUGAAGGAUAUUGGUAUGUAGCCACUGACUUAACCUUCUUCCAGGUGUUCUCAGGCAGAACAAUUUUUGAUCUGUUUAUGUUUGGCAUGAGAGGUAGGACAGGCUUAAAACUGUGUUACAUCCCAUUCAAAAUACAGUAAUUGCAUCAUAUUUUAUGGCCUAUAAUUUUCUGUCAUCACCACAAUGAAUGUGAAAAAAAGCAGCAGGCUCAUGUGCUCAGCUGUGUCCACACAGAAGGCCAUUCCAGCAUGAAGCCAUUCCAGCUUGAGGAUUACAGAGGCACAGGCUUGAAAUGGAGCUGCGCUUUUGUAAGUAAUCCUAGGAUUGUUUUGGUAUCUCAUUUAAGCAACUGACUGGUCUGUGGUGUUAUUUAGAAACUAAAUUUUACUGGGAUUAACCUCGGACAGGGUUUCAUCAAGUCGUGUCAGACGGUGCACUGCCUUUUCAUGUUGUUUUGAUCCUUAACAGCAAGCCUGAAAAACAUCAUCUGCAGUCACUGGCAUUUCUGAGAAGAUUCAGGCUUAAUCCCAAUCUUCCAAGAAGAUUCAAUUCAUUCUCUUGAGGACACGUGUCUUUCUUAACAUAGGAACCGUGAGCAAUUUCUGUGUUAUUUCCUAUGUUAUCUCCAAGACUGUUAGACAAGUGCUUGAAGACAGACUGGGCAGUUGGUCCCCGAGACUUGUGGUUUUAUUUGUUGGUACUUUAAGCAAAUGGGAAAUGUAUGUGCCCAUGUGACAAGUUAUGGUUAGCCAACAUCAUGGUCAGAUAUAACCACCUCCAAUUGCUCUUCACCAGCCUGGGCAGGUCUCUGCUCCUGACUGCUGCAAUUUGUCCCAGACUUAACUGUGGGAUGUUACUGCUUCCUGAAUUGCCUUGAUCCUAACUUAGUCUUUUUCUGUCAAUUAUUCAUCAACAAAAAAGGUCCAAGAGCAAAUUUGAAAAAAUAAUAUUUUAGUAAUAUUACUAAUUAUUAAGUUUUCUGAAUUGCUCAGGUCUGCUCAUGAACAGACCAAUCAAUGCUUUAAAUAUGCUUUAAAGCCAACUGUACAAUUAGGAACAACCAGAGACGUAUAAGACGUUCAGGGUUUUUCUGGGGUCACCCGAACACAGAAUGAGGGCAAGAAAACAACUGAGAGAAAUCCUGGGUAACCAUAUCACAAUUCUUUUGCAAUAAGCCUUACAAAGCAUGCAUGCAUUUGUUGAUUCAGUUUCACUACAGUGUAUAAAAUGAUUGCAUGAACUGUCAAGGUGUUGUGAAAAUAAUUCCCUAUUACAUCAAGCCUGACUAUGCAAUUCUAGCAUGGGUAAUGCCCCUAUAAACUGUGUAAUCAGAGAUAAUGGAGACAACGCAGUCGCAUGGAGGGACUUUGAACAACAAGAGGUAGCACCAGAUAAACACAAUUUUCCUCACCAGUUUUUUUUACUUGAGUAAGGUUCUUCAAGGAUACUGACAGGGAAUUAUGUUUAUCUGGCCAGGAUUACACAACAGUUGAUGUUCCCUAAUUGCUAAAAAGCAGAAUUAUGUUGUUUUUCUGAGCUCAGGAUGCCAGAACCAGAUGUCAGCUAGUAAAGUAUCUCCCUAUUCGUGUUUGCUUACCCUUGUGCUUGGCAAGCGUCAACAUUGAGAAGGUACAACAAACACACUGAGCAUACCACCUGGCACCUUGCACAUGUGUGAAAGCAUCAGAAGCACGAGAGCAAGAGUUAGAGGAAUGGCAUGCACUGAUUUCCAAGGAUGUGAUUAACAACAAUCAAGCCGGUGAGAGCUGAGAAACAUGUUUCUUGUGUUCUCAUGUGUCACAGAGAAGGUGACUUGUUGACAGAAGACAUACACCCGACAACAGAAUGGCAGCAGAGGGGAUGCAGCACAUCUCAUGGGUUGUUCCUGUUAUCCCAUGAGGAGGACAAGUUACAAGCCCAAACAAGAAAAUGAAAGAUGCUGACCCGCAAUGUUGUCUAAUAUUUACAAAACUUGAAGUAAAUAAGACUCAGAGGCAAAAUAUCACACCACAGUAUCUUUCAACUCCUAAAUGAUCUCAGGUGUCUGUCCAAGAACAAGCUGACCUUGGGACUUAUGAGGAACCCAGAAGGCAUGCUGAGGACCCAACAGCUGGCAAACCUCGCCUUCCAUGACACAUGCAGGUGACCUUGGCCAGAGCACUUGGGCACACAUAUCUUGGCCCUGAUGAGAAUGAAUAUCUGAUGUGAAUAUAUUGAUUGAUUCUUUACUUGCUUAGGAAGUCAAAUAAAAUGUCUUUUUGUUUCUAAACAGUCUUGCCUUUUCUUUCAUUAGUUCCUACAACAGUACUGUACAAACGUCCCAUGAGCAUGAUUAUACAGUUUAAUUUUAAGAUGCCUAUGAUAGUCUACUUAAUAUUUGGUUAUAUGCCCUACCAGGUAUCAGGAGGCCCUGACAUAGUAGGUUAAAACCAUUGAUGAUUCACAGUUCUGUCAAAUGGACAAGCACAACAGUACCACAACAGUACGACAACAGUGCUAUUCUUUUCUACACUUGCACCUAUAUGUCAAAAUGCCCAGCUCUGAUCUGCCAAUCUCAGAAACUACUAAGGUCUCCAUUCUCAGUAAAAGGCUAGCUGCUCCUGGUUGGUAACUUCUCUUCUUCCUGCCACAGAUACAAUAAGUACCAGUGCAAAAUUUCAUAUUGCAUCUCUAGCAAUACUUACUAUUAGCAUCUGGUACCUCCCCUGGAUAGCUACUAUCUAAUGGAGGUAGAAGGCAAAUAAUUGUGGAUGAAGUAGCUGACCAUGCAAGUAAAAUGCCUGUCUUGGUGCUGUGGAAGGAAACCAGAAGGUAAAGCAGGAAAACACAAGCCAUGUGGUGCUUUCUCCACCCACAGGGUAUUUUUAAAAGUAUUCUUGGAUUGCACAAUGGAAUUGUCCUCUACACGAAGCCCAUCUUAUGUGGUGGGAUGUUGGUGUACACAGGGUGGGGAAGACAUUUUAAAAGCCCAAAUGAGACCCAGGGACAGAAGUAAGGUAAUGAAACAGCAAAGGCUCUGGUCACACCCAUUGUGGGGAAGGUAGCACCCCCACACACAGCUCCUUUAUGUCAGCGGCUGAGCGCUGAGAGAAAAUUAGAGUCUGGUGGAUGGAAUGACAUUUGUGUUCUGUAGAAAUGUGUCAGGUGAGUGUGCUUCACAACAUCAGAAACCAACUUAAUCCUUAUCCAGAAAAUGUACACAAACAGAGCACAUGCUAUCCAGCAGGUCUUUCAGACAGCUACCAAGCAGAUACAGAAAGGCAUAGGUUACAACAUCAUGGGCUAAAGGUGGAGAAAGAGCACCACUGUCGUGUGCAGUGCAUAGCACUUCAGUUAAAUGGGCACUGCAUAAACUCUCCUCUGUUUUGCAGUCCAUCUACAGGAUGCUGAGGUUGGUGCUUUUCCAGAAAGCACUGCAGAGGUUUUGCGAGUUGCCUGUUGCAAAUACAAUAUCCCUCGGGCCUAAGGGGUUUUGUGGAGGCCACCUGGGACUGCCACCCUGUGUUUCCCACUCAGGCAGCCAGCAAAACCUGCCCAGCCCCUGGAGUGCCUAUCUAGAGGUCAGCAUGCUGCUGUGGUCUAACAAAGCUGCUAAACAGCUCAACAUAACUGCCAUUUGCUCCUGUUAUCUUGAGUCCUCUCCUUGCCCCAGGAGCUCUUCUAGCAUUCUCAAGAAUUCCUAGGAGAUAGGAAAUCAUCUUUUCCAAAUGAAACAUUUUGGUUUUGUUUUUUUUUUUUUUUUUUUUUUUUUUUUUCCAGCAGAUAUCAUGAGCUGAAGAUGAAACUCCAUAGCUGAAAUUCCUUGCCACAUAAGCCCAGCUGCUUUUGAAGAUGUAAUUCAUUGCAAGCCCGAAAGGUAUGAUCAUAAGACCAAGAAGAGGAAGUUAUCAAAGAUAUGACCAGUGCAUCCCUUAAUUGGAGGACACAUGAUGUAGCCCAGCACAGUGCUGAUGUAAAAGGACUCUGACGCAGCACACUCUUUUUAUUGCUGGUAUUGGUAGAGACACCAUCACUCACACCGCAGCCUGAUCAUACGACAGUGGGCGCUGCCUGGUAAUGUAUUUUCCUCUGUAAUUCAGAUUCGCAUAGCAGCUAUUCUGAGGGUGAAAAAGCAUUGACUACUUUUUUUCUCAGUUGCUUGCUUCUUGUUGCUACCAUGGAGGCUGUUACUAUGAACAUCUGGACUAUUUCAGAGGGCAGGUAUGUCUCAAAGUGUGAGACCCACUGGGAGAAGGAUGAAAAAAGGUACACGGAUGGUGAAAAGAUCUGUUGCUCACACUGUUAGAUAGAAGUUAAGCUCUAAAUUCUAAGAGCCUGGCAAAGCAUUAAAAAUCUUAUGUAAUAUUAACUGUGUAUUACAAAUACAUCUUUGCUCAGUGCAGGAGCAAAAGGUAGUUAAAAUGUUUCUGUUUAUUUCAAACUGUGCUUAUUUAAUAAAUAUUCUUCCUAGAAAUCUCUAGAAGCUUUGGUUCAUGAGUCAAUAGUGGCUUCUGGGUGCAAACGGUAAGCAAUAAGGAAACAGUGAAAGUAUAGAUACCUCUUCAUAGUGCAAGCUCUUACUUAAAAUGAAUUCCCUUUAUGUGGCGUCUGUCCUGACAGCAAUUUCCAUCAUGUUAGUUCUUCAGUUAUAUAAUCUUCCUACCAUUAAAAUUUCAAAGAUGGGUCUUGCUGCUGCUUGACCCAGCCUGUGUGGAGGAGCACAGAGAACUCUGCAUGGACUCCGGUGGGAGCUGGAACUGGGAAUACCCUCUGCUUUUCCACCGCAGCCUGUCAUCUGUGGUCAUCAGACGCUAAAGAAGCUCAGCCAGCAGAGCCGAGUAGGACCAGACAUUUGUAACAAUGUUAUUAACAAAUAGCAAUGGUAUUUUACACAGGCACGAGAUGCGGUUGUUGGUUGCAGUCCUGUUCUUGAUGCAAGCAGCUGCAAACUCAGAUGAUGUCACCACGAGUCCAAAGACUGUAAAUCCAGAGACAUUCAUGAAUGUUAGCCAAGUGAUCUGCUACAGAAUGUACCCCAGCGAGGAGUAUGAAAUCCUCACUCGUGAUGGUUACUAUGUCAAACUGAACAGAAUUCCUCAUGGGAGAGAAUAUCCUAGGAACACAGGCCCCAGACCUGUUGUGUUUCUUCAGCAUGGGCUACUUGGUGAUAGCAGCAACUGGGUCGAAAAUCUGGCUAACAACAGCCUUGGCUUCAUACUAGCAGAUUCUGGCUAUGAUGUGUGGCUGGGAAACAGUCGGGGAACACGCUGUUCCCAAAGACACCAGCGUCUUUCCCCUGACCAGACUGAAUUCUGGGAUUUCAGCUUCCACGAAAUGGCCAUAUAUGACCUCCCAGCAAUGAUCAACUUUGUCCUGCAGAAAACUGGCCAGAAGCAGCUGUACUAUGUGGGCUACUCUCAGGGUGCCACUAUCGCAUUCAUAGCAUUUUCAUCCAUGCCAGAACUGGCUCAGAAAAUCAAAACUUUUUUUGCCCUGGCUCCAGUAGUGACAAUGAAGCACGUUAAAAGUCCUGUCUUGAAAAUGUCGUUCCUUUUUAACGGAAAACCCGAUAUGCUUCAGAUCCUACUGGGCAAGACAGAUGCUUCACUGAGGAUGAGGAAACUGUGGAGAUUUCUUCCCAACCUGUGCAGGCACCCGCUCCUGCACAAGCCCUGUGCCAACCUAUUUUUCCUGCUGGGUGGCUUCAAUGAGAAGAACCUCAACAUGACCCGGCUAGAUGUGUACACAGCCCACUAUCCUGAUGGUACGUCUGUCAAAAACAUAAUACACUGGACACAGGUGAAGACAUCAGGAGAGUUUAAAGCUUUCGACUACGGCAGCAAAAACCAAGCUGUGUACCACCAGGAGAAACCUCCCUACUACCAGUUGGAGAAGAUGCCUGUGCCCACAGCAGUGUGGUCAGGGGGUGAGGACUGGGUAGCUGACCAGAGGGACAUCCUCCUGCUGCUGCCACGCAUCACCCACCUCAUCUCCUACAUACACAUCACUGAUUGGAACCACUGGGACUUCAUCUGGGGCCUGGACAGCCCUGAACGCCUCUACAGCUGCAUCGUGGCUAUGGUGAAAGGGUCCCAGUAGCACAAGGCCCAGCUCAGCAGUGCCCCGAGGAAGCAGGGGGGGAUGUGAUCGGUCCCCAAUAGUGGUACACUGGGGAUGGCUGAGCCAAAUUCUUCUGGGCUGCAUCAGGGGGUGCUGGGAGGGGCCCUGGCCCUGCUCAUGGCUGGGGGCUCGAGUGGGGUGCGGAGAGCCCUCUUCACCAGGGCUGGGUCACGGUUCCUCUGCUGUGCAGUGGUGCUCUGCAUGUUCCCACUCUGCUGAAAAACGUGCAAAAACACGGUGCUCCCUCCUCCUCAGCACCCCCCUUUCCCCCCCUCAAAAAAAACCCCACAAAACACAACAGAAAUAAGAACUUGAAGGGGAUUUUUUGUGCAUUGCCGG